AUGGCGGCAAACGAGACGUUCAAAGAUGUUAAUAGGUCAAAGAACAAAACUUUACCAACUAUUUUAACGGAAGACGACGUUCCUGGGGCAUCUUUAAAGGGACGGAAACCUGAACAGUUAAAAAACGAUGAGUUGAAAGGUUGGUUGAGGUGCCGAGGGGCGAUUGUUUCUGGCACUCGCGUGCAACUACUUGAAAGGUAAACAUGACAUUUGUGCAGUGUUUUGGCAUCCAUGCUGGGUUAUUUUGCAUUAUUUUUGCCAAUAUUUAAUUUUUAGGGUUAAAGAUUAUAUUUUCAGUGGACUACACUUGAAGGUAACUGAUCCUGGUAGGGGAAUUCACUGCAUUGGAAAAAAACAAUUCGAAGGCACUGGUAAUGAACGUGAUGACAAGGUUGUUGAGUGGCCCAAAGAAGGCUGA